AUGAAUGAGCUCCUGUGUAAUCCUCUGCUAUUAUUUCCCUUCUGAAGAGACACACACACACUUACACACCAGCUCUCUGUCCAGCAGAAUCCACGAGAGAACUUCUGUGCAUUCGUGUAUGUUUUAAUGCUUAAAGUGAGAGCAGUCGAGGUCGUUCGGGGCGUACAGUAGCAGACGGAGGCGUGCUCAUCACCCGCUUGUGACCCGCUGCUGGGAGAAACAGGUGGAGGCGGGUCAGACCGGAGACAGAAAGAGCACGGAGCAUCUCGUGUCAGAGGUAAAACCUGUCCGUUUUGGAUUCCUCCAUCAGAUCAAGUGGAUUUCUCAGUUGUACGGCUCCAUCACAGCAUUCGAAUGCAUUUGUCACUGGACACCAUGAACAUGGUGGAUGACAGCUGUCUUUCGCCCAGUAACUUCCACGAGAUGGUCAAAGCAGGGGGCGUAGCGGUGGGCACUCGUGUCCACAGCAUAGAUGUCAUCCUGGGCUUCAGCAAGGACCAGGACCCUUUGGUCAACCCUGGAGGCAAUACUGUAGCACACAAAGUUGGAGAUGAAAGUCUUGGAGAUUUAGGGAAGCGGGAACAGCGGGUACAACCCUACGGGCACCUGCCACCCCUCAGGGACGGUUCGGACCAACCUGCAUUUCACAAUUCUGACAUAUUAUCCAAUAAGUGUGACGGGGAGUUGGGCGAUCUACGGAAGUCCAUUGAAAGUGACAGCAAGUCUCCAGAUUCAGCCGAUGCGGAGCAACCCAAGAAAAAGCACCGCCGCAACCGCACAACCUUCACUACGUACCAGCUCCACGAGCUUGAGCGAGCCUUCGAGAAGUCCCACUACCCUGACGUUUACAGUCGAGAGGAGCUGGCCAUGAAAAUCAACCUCCCUGAAGUUCGAGUGCAGGUUUGGUUCCAGAAUCGCAGAGCCAAAUGGAGGCGACAGGAGAAAAUAGACGCCAGCAAUAUGAAGCUCCAUGACUCUCCCAUGCUCUCCUUCAACCGCCAGCCAAUGCACCCCACCGUGGGCCACAUGAACAACUCGCUGCCCCUUGAUCCUUGGCUGCCCUCCCCUCUUUCCAGUUCCACUCCAGUACACAGCAUCCCAGGGUUCAUGGGUCCUACACAAGGACUACAAGCGGGCUAUGCCAAUCAUGGUUUCCUUAGCCCAGCCCAACCCAUGACCCAAAGCAUGCAGCCCAUGGCUCCACCUCCAUACCAAUGCCCUCCACCCUUCACCGACAAAUACCCUCUGGAGGACGUAGAUCAGGGCAGUUCAAGCAUUGCCGCACUGAGGAUGAAAGCUAAGGAACACAUCCAGUCCAUGGAUAAAACCUGGCCACCCAUGUGCUAAGACAGGGUACAUCUCUCUUUAGCUGCGGGCCUUCAUAUUUCUUGGUUACUAAUUGGCACUGAAGGUUACUCAAGAACCGUGUUUCUUGUAUUGGAUGGUUAUCUUAUUCUCCAGGUCAGAAAAAGUUGGGCCAGCAAAAUGUAGGCGCUAAAUGAAUUGUGUGCCAUUUUUUUUUUGCAACUGGAUGUAAAAACAAACAAACAACAACAAA